AACGUGUGUUAAGCAAAUCCCAGGACACAGAAAUCGUGUAUCCCUAUCCCUUUUGCAUUCUAUUCUAUUCACUUCCAGCCAAUUCUUCCACCCACACCGUCGCACUACCACUUUCUGAAACCAUGGACUCCAGCACCCUCGUCGCCCGCCUCGCUGUCGUUGGAAUCCUGAUCUCCUCCCUCUGCUGGCUGUAUGCAAACUCCCGAGGCGUCGCACCCGACGUGAAGCACCUUCUAUGGUGUCACCUGAGCUUGGCUAUUUACCCCGCGUUUGUCUACCGGUGGCCAGCAGCGCAUCGACGGCCUGCGACUGCCUAGUGGCACGCUCAAUAGUGACGGUGAUAGAACAUGAAUACCUUAUGUACUGCGGUUAUGGAAGGACGGUGAUGGAGAACGUGGAUAAAUAGUGCAUUCGGUCAUUCAUGAGGCUAUCUGAGGCACUGCCCGCGAGCCGACGCAGCGCGGCAGUGGACGGUUC